ACGAGCUCAUGUGGAGGUAGAAAGCUAAUGUGCAAUACCAAUCUAAUGAUCUGUAUGUAUUAAUUAGUGGCAUAUUUUUUAUAUAAUAUUUUUUUAAUAAUAUUUCAUACGUGCAUUGCAUCAUUAGACACUGACAGCCUCAGAGCUAUGCUUAGAUUGGUUUGCUCGAAGCAACCUUCUUUCAUCUUGGACAUCCUUCACACAGUUCAAGGUGAAAGUCCAGAGCAUCGACCACCAACAAGCAGUACAGUCCCAAGCUGGUGCAUUUGCACCUAUUGUAGGGAAAUGCCCUUAGAGAAAGAAAACGUUUGCUGCAAUAAAUCCAGUCAGAGCUGUCACUCUAGAUUACCUGAUUUUCAAACGAUUGUUCUGGAUGAGCUCGUGUUGAGGUACCACAAUGAUGUCCUGGCCGAGCCUAGGGAUGAGAACUUUAAUAGAUCUCGCAGACACACAGCCUAUCGGCAAUAUAUAAUGUGGAUACAUGGGAGACUCGGAGCAGGAAAUCGUAAAGUAAUACCAAGUUGUUGCGUGUGGAAAAUUCGGGAUAAAUAUCCCGAGCCAUCAGGACAGUAUGUUGGUUUCGUAGAAGGGGUGCUUUGA